CACAGAAUGUGGACUAUUAGCUAAAUUUUGUUAUUAUAUUGAAUUAUUUAUAUAUUUUUUUUUACAACACAUUAAUAAUACUUAAAGAAAUACGUAUUACGCGUUAAAAUAUUUGUAAAAAUUGCCAUCUACAUGAUUUUAGUCUAUCAAUUAUUUGUCUAUUAUACUUUUUCAAUGGUUUGUCAAAGAUAGGGAAAAUCAAAUGAUUGUUGGUGAGUUAUUCAUUACAUACUAUAAAAAUGGACCACAGUUUUCAGAAUACAGGGAGAACUCAUUUUGGAACCAAUCCUCAAAAGAUAGUAACAAAUUCAUAUUGCGAUCGUACAUCACCUGUAUCACCAGUUACAAACAUUGGAACAUUUUCAUCUUUAAUACACCACUCAAAAGAUGACAACAAUAUGAAUUCAUUGCAGCGCAAAGCUCAAGUUAAACUGAAUACCAUGCCAUGGUUUCAUGGUAAAAUAUCAAGGGAAAUGGCAGAAGAUCUACUUACACCUAAAGAAAAUGGAUUAUUUUUAGUUAGAGAAUCUACAAAUUAUCCUGGAGAUUAUACACUCUGUGUAUGUUAUCAUGGGAAAGUGGAACAUUAUCGAGUGAAAUACAAGGACAAUCAAUUGACAAUUGAUGAUGAAGAAUUUUUUGAAAAUUUAUCAAAACUUGUAGAACAUUAUGAAAAUGAUGCUGAUGGUUUAUGCACUCAAUUAACUAAGAGUCUACCUAAAAAAGGAAAGCAAGAUUAUUGCAUUGAUACAAAAUCCUUCAUUGAAGCAGGAUGGGUUAUACAAGAACAUGAAUUACAAUUGAAUGAAACAAUCGGAAAAGGAGAAUUUGGAGAUGUUUUAUUAGGAAUGUACAGAGGAGAAAAAGUUGCCGUAAAAAUGUUAAAAGAUUCUAGUGUUGAAGCGCAAAAAUUUUUGACAGAAGCUUUACUGAUGACAUCCCUGAGACAUGAAAAUUUAGUGGAACUUCUUGGUCUUGUUUUAAAUGAAAAACAUCUUUUGUUGGUGACUGAGUAUAUGGGUAAAGGAAGUCUUGUUGAAUAUUUACGUUCAAGAGGUCGUCUCCAUGUUACUAAAAAAGAUCAAAUUAAUUUUGCUGUAGAUACAUGUAGUGGAAUGGAAUAUUUAGAAUUUAGAAAAGUUGUACAUAGAGAUUUAGCUGCUCGAAAUGUACUUAUAUCUGACACAGGAGUAGCAAAAGUUGCAGAUUUUGGAUUAGCACGUGAAGAAAACUAUACAGUAGAUGCUGGCAAGUUACCAAUUAAGUGGACAGCUCCUGAAGCUCUCAGACAAGGAAUAUUUUCCAAUAAAUCAGACAUGUGGAGUUUUGGUGUUUUGCUGUGGGAAAUAUACUCUUUUGGCAGAGUCCCAUAUUCUAGAAUACCAUUAAUCGAUGUUGUGAAACAUGUAGAAAAAGGUUAUCGAAUGGAAGCUCCUGAAUGUUGCCCUCCAGAAAUUUAUGAAAUAAUGAGACAAGCAUGGGACUUAUUACCAGAUAGAAGGCCCAAUUUCAAAGAUGUUAAAACUAAAUUAGCACUUUUAAAAGCUUUAACUAUUAACUAGUUAUUCAAUAGGAAACAAGUGUAUAAAAUAUUAAAUUUCUAUUGUAAACAUUUGUAUAAACUAUUAGUCUUAAUUUAUAAAUUAUUAUUUGUAAGAUUAUUUAUGAGCUAGUCUUUCAUAUUUAUUAUUAUUUUCAAUAUUUUUAUUGAUAUAUACUGCACUAUAUUUAUGAAAUAUUUCACAAAUUAAAAAAAAAUCUAUUUUUUUUAGUUUUAAUAGUUUUUUAUAGUUAAAACUUAAAAAUUUUAGCAAACCAGUUUAAUAAUGUUUUAUUUAACAUCAAAUCCACUUAGUUUAAUUAUAAAAUGUAAUUGUAAGUAAAUAACUUAUUCUAUCUGGACUACAUCAAUUUGUUACAAUAUAUUAUGUUGUAGAGUAUAGAUCCUUUUUGAACUAGUUUUUUUUUUUGUAUGAAGAAUCACUUCUUUAUAUUCAAAUUUUAAGUGUUGAAAUAUAUAUAUAUAUAUAUAUUAACAAAAUAAAAAAUAUUUUUUAAAUUCAUUAAAAUUUUAGUUUGACUAUUAAUUGAUUUUUUUCAAUUAUAUUUUUGCUAAUAAUUUUUUUGUACUGAAACUAAAUUUUAACUUGGUGUAUUAAAUUUUCCUAUAAAAGUUUUAAUAAACAAGUUAUAUGCAUAAGUAGUCCCAUGUAGUCUUCCAUCAUAAAAUAUGUUUUAUAAAAUGUAUAUAUAAACAGGCCUUUAUUUUUAUUGCAAGAGUUUUUGGUUUUAAUAUUUUUUUAUUGAUGGUUGUAUUGAAAAUUUAAUUUAAUAUAUCUAACAAAUGUUUAUUAUUUUUAUAUUUAAUAAUUUUAAAUUAUAUGUUUUUCUUUUUACAUGCAUUUUACUAACUAAACUAUGCAUAAUUAAAUAUUGUAAAUUUUAAUUAUUUUUGUCUUGUAAAGUGAUUUUAUAUUUUAGCUACUUUAAAAAAUUGUUAAAAAUAUAUCUAUUGAAUGCAUUUUGUAACUGAAGAUUUACAUAAAAUAAAUAAAUUUUUUUCUAAUAUACAA